UACUCUUAUUACUUCAGCCAACAAGGAAACUUCUCCGUUCUCUCAGUGGAAGCGCCUCUGCUCUUCUUGUUUAUUAAUUCCUUGUCUCACAUGAUGCAAUAAUUCUCCAAGCUCUAAGCUCUCUGUAUGCUCUACUUCAACAACCAGAAACUUCCUCCGCUCUUGAGAGAAAGUAGCUUCUAUGUCUGACCUUAAUCUGAAUGCGGAAUCGGUGGAGUCAACUCAGAACUCGGAGCCGAAUGAGAGGGAGAGGUUAGGGAACUCUGGUUCAUCAACCGUCGUCAGUCCUCCCAGAAAUGCUGCUAAUGACGAUAAUGUAGGUGUUAAUGAUGUAAUAGAAGUAGGAGGUGGCGGGGAUGGAAUUGAGAAUGAAAAUGGUGCAGCGAUAACGACGGAGCUUUUCAAUGGAAGGGGAGUGGGCAUGGAUUUUGGGAAUUCUCAGAGGCAAGAGAAGCUCUCGUCUGAGAUUGGACAGGAGAUUAGUGACGGUGAGGUGCAGGGAAAUAUCAGGAGGAGGAGGGGACCACGGUCUAGGAGCUCACAGAACAAAGGAAUUACCUUCUACAGAAGGACUGAGAGACGGGAAUCUCAUAGCUGGGAUGAGGGGAAACUAGUCUACCUGGGUGAUUUCUACACUGCUCAUGCUGCAGCCAGAGCCUAUGAUCGAAAAGCUGUCAAAUUCUGGGGUGUUGAAGCUGACAUCACCUUUAACUUGAGUGAUAAUGAGACGGAUCUGAUGCAGAUGAAGCGUUUGGCCAAGGAAGAAGUUGUUCACGGAUUCCGCAGACAAAGAACUCGUUUCUCAAGAGGGAGUCCCUUCGGCAAUAGCAACGGGGAAAGUGAAGAGCAUAUCCACUCCCACUCAGGCUCCUACGACGUGAACAGAAGGGGUUCAAGGGGUCAAACUGAGGACAACGAAAUCCAAUUUGAGGACAACGAAAUGCAAUCUUGUCUUGCUUCCCCAGCACCUCGUUCACCUGAGAAUGAUCAUUUCAUCUGCAUGGAUGUUGAACAUGGCAACGGCAGUUGCAGGACAUGCUUCAGAGCAGAUAGUUUGAAAAGAAAGGUUUUCGAGUGGAUGUUUGCUAUUGCCAACUUCAUUGUUGAGCUCUUGUCAAUAGUUUUUGAGCAGCUUUCCUCUCAGCAUUACUCUCUUUUUCUGCCAAUAUGCAUGGGGAUGUCUCUGCUAGCUCUUUUUAUUUGCACCUUCGAGCUCGUGUAUAAAGCUCAGAAAGAACGAGCCACUUGGCGGUGGUGUGGCACAAUACCUUGGUUUUAUUAUCCAUCUCAAAGUGGCAUUCGUCUUGGUUCUUUCGUGGACAUUGCUGGAUUGGCUUGUGCAUUUGGUCAAUGCAUUCUCACAAUAAUUGGUUAUUGUUUGUUCUUGAGGAAUGGUCACAAUCCAAUAAAAAUAUCCAUUUGGGCUAGCAUCUUUGCCUCUUGUCAGUUGUGUUCCAGGUUCUGUGGAGAAUUCAAACAUGAUGUUCAUGGGCAGGAUUCUUCUACCCAGGAUUUUACCAUUUCUUGAUAUGAUGAGAACUCUGUUAUAUAAAGGGUAUUCGGUUGCCGACGACUCCUUCAAGAUCGAACUGCAUGUCUAAAUGGUUCAUCUAAGAUUCCAAAGGCUUCUGUGCUCAGUGCUCUGCCUCACUAGUCCCUCUCCCUCCACCGUGCUCCGCUGACCACGGAGCUUAUUGAAGUCAGGUCGGCUCUUUUGGAGUAGGUUCAUAUUAUAAAAAAGUAUAUUAUUUUUUUAUUACUCUAACAAAUAUGAUAUCUAGAAUUAUAAUAGUCUUUGUACUAAUGACACUAGAAAUUCAUUUAUUAUUAAUAAUCAUAAGUUGUUUUUAAAACAAA